UUGUAUUUCCGUUGUGGGUUUUUUUUUCUGCACAUUGGUUUAUGCUGUUUUCUUCCCAGCAUCGCUCCACUGCUGCGGCCCAUGGGGUGCCUAUGUUGUUCCAGCUGCUGUUCUAGGAUUUGCCGGGCUUGCAGCUUUUUUUCACUACAAUGAUGAGAGGAGAGCGGUUCCCAAAGGUCAUCAGGGUGGUGGCCUCAGAAAUGUUGCCAAUGGACCCAUAAUUGGGGGUCCAUUUACACUAAUUAAUACAGAGAAACAGGCAAUUACAGAACAUAAUUUUCUUGGGAAUUGGGUCCUGCUCUACUUUGGCUAUACCUCAUCCCCCGAUUUUGGGCCAGAGCAAGUCCAAAUUAUGGCCAAGGCAAUUGAUAUAUUAGAAUCAAAACAGAAUCUUAAGAUUCUACCAGUAUUUGUUUCCACUGAUCCUCAACGUGAUACGCCCUCACAACUUCGUGCCUACCUUAAAGGUGUGCUUAUGAUAGCUGAGGUAGGGGGUGCCAACACAGUUGAGUUUGACUCAAGAAUCAUAGGAUUAACUGGACCUGUUGCAGCUAUUAGGCAGAUGGCUCAAGAAUAUUGUUUUUACUUUAAAAAGGUAGAAGAGGAUGGCAGUGAUUAUCUUGUUGACUGUUCUCACAACAUGUAUUUGCUGAAUCCUAAAAUGGAGGUUACGAGAUGCUUUGGUGUCGAGUAUAAUGCAGAGGAGUUGUCAGAAGUGAUAGGGAAAGAGCUGAACAGAAACCCCUCUUAAUACUUUAGAUGCAGCCUGAUAUUACUUUUUACCCACGCUUCUAUUUUUCUUUUUCUUCUAAUUGGAUCACAGAAUCAUUUACAUUUGACGAAUUAAGUUUUACUUUAGAGGAUUGGAUUUAGCUCUGCUUUAUUUUCAACUAGACUUGCAGAAAAUUGUAGUGGCAAUCUGAGCUUCAUUUUAAGUUUCGCGGCCAUUUAGUUUUUGGGUAACAUCUUAGAUGGAUGUUUUAUACUUGAAUGUUUUCACAUCCACCGUCAUCUAACAAGCACUUUGGUUUUA